UUCAAACCUCUCUUCCUGGGAAUGGCGAAUCCAGGAAGUGAGAUGGGAACUUAUGUUCGUGUCUGCAAUACCCAGAAAUGCAUUCGUGCAGGAGGAAAACACAAUGAUUUGGAUGAUGUUGGGAAGGAUGUUUAUCAUCACACAUUCUUUGAGAUGCUUGGAAAUUGGUCUUUUGGUGAUUAUUUCAAGAAGGAGGUAUGUGAGUGGGCUUGGGAGCUCCUGACUGAGGUAUACAAGUUGCCUAAGGACAGGUUGUAUGUGACCUAUUUUGGUGGAAAUGAGGCAGUUGGACUGAAAUCUGAUGAGGAAUGCCGUGACAUCUGGAAAACUCUUGGUCUACCUGAAAGCCGAAUAUUGCCAUUUGGCAUGAAAGACAACUUCUGGGAGAUGGGAGAAGUUGGUCCAUGUGGCCCAUGCUCUGAGAUUCAUUUUGACCGGAUUGGGAACCGAGAUGCAUCUCAUUUGGUGAAUAUGGAUGAUCCCAAUGUCUUGGAAAUCUGGAAUCUUGUUUUCAUCCAAUUCAAUCGAGAAGAGAAUGGGAUCCUCCGUCCCUUGCCCAAGAAGCACAUUGAUUGUGGCAUGGGACUUGAACGUCUUGUCUCUGUUGUUCAGGGGAAGACUUCCAACUACGACACAGAUUUUUUCACACCACUCUUUGAAGCCAUUCAGGAAAAAGUGAAGGGUCGCUGUCCUCCCUAUCAAGGAAAGGUAGGUCAGGAGGACCCACAAGGAGUGGACAUGGCAUAUCGGGUACUGGCUGACCACGCUCGCACACUUGCUGUUUCUUUGGCUGAUGGUGGAAGACCUGAUAACUCUGGAAGAGGGUAUGUAUUGAGGAGGAUUCUAAGGAGAGGAGUGCGCUUUGCUUCUGAGAAGCUCAAAGCAGACCCAGGCUUGUUGGCAUCACUCAUCCCAGUUGUGGUUCAAGUGUUGGGUGAUACCUUCCCAGAGCUGAGAAAGAAUCCUCAAGAGAUCAUGCAAAUCAUCAGAGAGGAGGAAGAUCAGUUCUUGAAGACUUUAGGUCGAGGGGAGCGAUUGUUCCAACGUGCCACCCAAAAUAUGGAGCCAGGAUCCCUCAUUAGUGGUAAUGUGGCCUGGAGGCUCUAUGACACCUAUGGAUUCCCUCUGGAUCUCACACAGCUUAUGGCUGAGGAAAAGGGAUUGAUUGUAGAUGUCAAAGGCUAUGAAGAGUGCCGCACUCAAGCUGUGGCAAUAUCUCAGGGGAAGGGGAGUGCAGGAAAAGCAGGGAUUGUGCUCAGUGUCCAUGACAUUGACCAUUUGUCUAAGAAAGGUGUAUCACUCACUGAUGAUUCUUUCAAAUAUGCUUACCAGAGGAAGGAUAAGAUGCAAUAUGAGUUUCCCCAAUGCACUGGGACAGUAUUGGCCAUCAAGGGAGAGAACAGCUUUAUGGAUGAGGUCAGUGAUUCCUCUGUUGGGCUUGUCCUGGACCAUACCAACUUUUAUGCUGAGGCUGGAGGACAGAUCUAUGAUAUAGGUUACAUGACCCUUGUCAACAAUCCCGAUGUGGAAGUGAGUGUGGAAGACGUCCAGGUACGAGGAGGAUAUGUGUUGCAUGUGGGAUAUGCAAAUGGCUGUGUCCAAGUUGGAGAUCAAGUGUCUCUUAUUGUGGACACAGAAAGGAGACAAGGGAUUAUGGGGAAUCAUACUGGAACUCAUGUAUUGAAUUUUGCACUUAGGGCAUCACUUGGCACUGAUGCUGAUCAGCGAGGUUCUCUAGUUGCUCCUGAUAGACUCCGCUUUGACUUCACCUCCAAGGGUGGUUUGCAAGUGGACCAGGUGAAAAAGGUUGAAGUCCUGGUCAAUGACAUCAUUCAAAAGGAUGAAGUCAUUCAUGUGGGUGAUGCUUCUCUAGCUGAAGCCAAGAAUAUUCAAGGUUUAAGGGCUGUAUUUGAUGAAACCUAUCCAGACCCAGUCCGUGUGGUUUCAGUUGGGAUCUCUGUAGAGAAACUCCUGGCUGAACCCUCUGCUCCACAUGCUCUCAACACAUCUGUGGAGUUCUGCGGUGGGACGCAUGUACAUAGAAGUGGGGACAUAGGUGCCUUUGUCCUCGUGAGUGAGGAAGCUAUUGCCAAGGGGAUUCGUCGUAUUGUUGCUCUCACCGGUAUCCCUGCUUUCAAGGUCUUUCUCUCUGUUGCUCUCUCGACCCCAGCAAUCAAAGUGUGUGAGGAGUUGGAGAAAAAAGUGCAGGCUCUAUGUGCCGGACAACUCAAUUUGACAGUUACUGAACUUGGGGAUGAAAUAUCACAAGCACAAAUCCCAUACUGGAGGAAGGUAAACUGCAAUGGCUGCUUGUCAGUGGAGGAAAUGAGGCAGCAGUUGAAGGAGGUGAAGAAGAAGCAGGAUGAAGAGGACAAAAAGAAGAAGAUGGCUGUAACAACAACUGUGGUGGAAGAAACAAAGAACCUCCUUCAGGCCCUCUCGACUCCCCCUCCAUUUUGGGUUCAUGUCUUCCCCCAUGCCAAGAAUAAUGCCAAGGCAUUGGAUGGAUCACUGAAGCAGGUGCGGGGCAUUUUUCCUCAGACAUCAGCACUUGUUCUCACUUUUGACCCAGACACACAGAAAGCAUUGUGCCUGUCAUCAGUCUCACCAGAAGGGAUUGCACAAGGCUUAAAAGCAAUUGAUUGGGUGAGUGAGGUCAGCAAGGUGAUUGGAGGGAAAGGAGGAGGGAAAGCAGAAUCAGCACAGGCUACUGGCCCCAACUGGACUACAGUUGAUGAGGCUAAGGAAGUUGCCAUUCAGUUUGCAGCAAAAUUCUUCACAUCCUCAACCACAUCAUCAUCAGACAAAGGAGAGUCCUUAACUUGGAAGGUGCUGGAAUGGAUUCGAGUGAUGGAGAAUGAUCUGGUAGGUGUCGGAGAGGAGAGGAUGAGAAAGGGAUUGGCAUUCAUGGAAUCCUACCUUCUUCGUCACACAUUUUUAGUUGGAGAGAGGCUUUCCCUGGCUGACCUCCUCCUGGCUGAAGCCAUCCACUCUCUACCAGACGAGUAA